AAAUAGGGAUAAGAAUAACAGUGACAUCUUGGGAUCAUUGAAAGGAUUGAAUGAGUUAAUACCUAUAAAACAGGAAUGCUGGGCCUGGCACAGCACUAAGUGCACUUAGGGUUAGCUGCUAUUUCACAUUAUCAUGAUGAGGAAUAAGGAGGUACUUGUCAAGGGCACAAUGUGGGGCCUGACGCCAAGCAUCUGCUCAGAUAAUAUGUUUACCCCCUCUCCUUUGUGCUUUUGGAAUCUCCUUGACUGAGUUGAACCUUUCCUUACUUGAGUGAGAUGAGUAUGGACCUUUCAUGUUCAGGGUCAUGUUUUCCAGCCCAGAAGUUGUAGCUGGUGGUGUGAGUCCCAUCUCUCAUGGGAAUAAGAACAGUAUGGGCUGCUCAUGGUUGGGGAGGCUUUUCAUGUAUCUCUUGAUACAUGAGAAAUACUUAAAGCAGUGCCUAGGACCCUGUAUGUGCUAUGUGAGUUUAGCUCUCAUAAUAAAUUAUUACUAUUACUUUUCUGCCUUGGUUUGCACGUUUAUUAAUGUAAAUUUUUAACAAUGCUCAAAUAUGGAAUUGCCCAGGCUUGGGUAUUAGACAAAUGUACUUUAUGGAAAAUAAUAAAAAUUAUGCCUGCUUGGGUGGACCCAUAAGAUGGCAUUUGGACUCUCUAGAAAGCAUCAUUGUUUAAUAGUCAUGAUCAAAUCAUAACUAAUGUUUACUGGGGAGCUAGGAAGGAGGCCCAUGAAAGAGGGAGAGGGUGGGUCUCAGGCAGCUAUGGUUAUAAAUAGCUUAGGGCUGUGGGGACUCCCCCAUGGUCCACCACACCCCUCUUUCCACAGCUCCUUCCCGCAUGACACUGGCUCCAUGGCAUUAGUCAGACUAAUUAAGGACACAGAAGAUGCCAGUGGAAAGACUCAGGGAGAAGUGGAGAUUCAAGGAGAGGCAGCAAGAGAUGGGGAGAGAAGCGGGUGGAGAGAGAUGAGAGACAGCACAUGAGACCGGGACCCAGAGCCCUGUGGAGUCCAGGGAGAUGGAAGACAUCGCCGGAGGGGUGCCUCCAGGGCCCCCCAGGCCUGGCCUGGUGCCCAUCAGCAUCAUCGGGGCUGAGGACGAGGAUUUUGAGAAUGAGCUGGAGACGAACUCAGAGGAGCAAAACAGCCAGUUCCAGAGCCUGGAGCAGGUGAAGCGGCGCCCGGCCCACCUCAUGGCCCUCCUGCAGCAUGUGGCCCUGCAAUUCGAGCCAGGACCCCUGCUCUGCUGCCUGCAUGCAGAUGUUCUGAGCUCCCUGGGCCCCAAGGAGGUCAAGAAGGCGUUCCUUGACUUCUGCCACAGCUUUCUGGAUAAGACCGCGGUUCUGCGAGUGUCUGUCCCUCCUAGCGUGGCCUUUGAACUUGACCGCACACGACCUGACCUCUUAUCCGAGGAUGUCCAGCGGCGGUUUGUGGUGGAGGUGGUGCAGAGCCAGCAGGCAGUCGUGGGCCGGCAGCUGGAGGACUUCCGCUCCAAGCGGCUCAUGGGCAUGACACCCUGGGAGCAGGAGCUGGCCCAGCUGGAGGUCUGGGUUGGGCGGGACCGAGCCAGCUUCGAGGCCCGGGAGCGGCAUGUGGCUGAGCGGCUGCUGACCCACCUGGAGGAGAUGCAACAUACCAUCUCUACUGAUGAAGAAAAGAGUGCUGCUGUGGUCAAUGCCAUUGGCCUGUACAUGCGUCACCUUGGGGUGCGGACCAAGACUGGGGACAAGAAGUCGGGGAGGAACUUCUUCCGGAAAAAGGUGAUGGGGAACCGGCGGUCAGACGAACCUCCCAAGACCAAAAAAGGACUGAGCAGCAUCCUGGACGCUGCCCGCUGGAACCGGGGAGAGCCCCAGGCUCCAGAUUUUCGACACCUGAAAGGCGAGGUUGAUGCUGAGAAGCCAGGCUUUACGGACCGGAAGGGAGUCCUGGGUAUGCCGUCUCGGGACCGGAAUCUUGGGGCUCCUGGGCAGGACAGCCCUGGAGUCUCUCUGCACCCUCUGUCUGGGGAUAGCCCAGACCGGGAACCAGGUGCUGACACCCCCCUGGAGCUGGGGGACCCACCCCUGCAGGGCCCAAGCAGCCUGGAGCCCCCAGCACCCCCGGAAAGCAUCGAGGAGGGAGCAGAGACAGAGAGGCUAUCAGGGCGUCUGGGGCGCUCAGAGAGCCUGCGGGUGAGUGACCGCCGCCGGCCUUCCCGGGGCAGCCUCGGGGCUAAGGGCCGGGGUGGGGGCCGCUCCAGAAGCGACGUGGACAUGGACCCCAGCUCUGCCACGGCUGUGCUUGGCCCUGCCCGAAGAGCCACCCCUGAGCCUGGAGAUGAGGCCGAGCCAGGGCGGGCAGGACUAGAGCUGGAACCAGAAGAGCCUCCGGGCUGGCGGGAGCUCGUCCCCCCAGACACCCUGCACAGUCUGCCCAAGAGCCAGGUGAAGCGGCAGGAGGUCAUCAGCGAGCUGCUGGUGACUGAGGCGGCCCACGUGCGCAUGCUGAGGGUGCUCCAUGACCUCUUCUACCAGCCCAUGGCGGAUGGGGGCUUCUUCUCCCAGGAGGAGCUACAGAACAUCUUCCCCAGCCUGGAUGAGCUCAUCGAGGUGCAUUCCUUAUUCCUUGAUCGCCUGAUGAAGCGGAGACAGGACAGUGGCUACCUCAUUGAAGAGAUCGGAGAUGUGCUACUGGCCCGGUUUGAUGGUGCUGAGGGCUCCUGGUUCCAGAAAAUCUCCUCUCGCUUCUGCAGCCGCCAGUCAUUUGCCUUAGAGCAGCUCAAAGCCAAACAGCGCAAGGAGCCUCGAUUCUGUGCCUUUGUGCAGGAGGCUGAGAGCCGACCACGGUGUCGCCGCCUGCAGCUAAAGGACAUGAUCCCCACGGAAAUGCAACGCCUGACCAAGUACCCCCUGCUCCUGCAGAGCAUCGGGCACAACACAGAAGAGCCCGCAGAACGAGAAAAAGUGGAGCGAGCUGCUGAGUGCUGCCGUGAAAUCCUGCACCACGUCAACCAAGCUGUGCGUGACAUGGAGGACCUGCUGCGUCUCAAGGAUUAUCAGCGGCGUCUGGAUUUGUCCCACCUUCGGCAAAGCAGUGACCCCAUGCUGAGCGAGUUCAAGAACCUGGACAUCACCAAGAAGAAGUUGGUCCACGAGGGCCCACUGACAUGGCGGGUGACAAAAGACAAGGCUGUGGAGGUCCACGUGCUGCUGCUGGACGACCUGCUGCUGCUGCUCCAACGCCAGGACGAGCGGCUGCUGCUCAAGUCACAUAGCCGGACGCUCACACCCACGCCCGAUGGCAAGACCAUGCUGCGGCCUGUGCUGCGGCUCACCUCCGCCAUGACCCGCGAGGUGGCCACCGAUCACAAGGCCUUCUACGUCAUUUUUACCUGGGACCAGGAGGCCCAGAUUUAUGAGCUGGUGGCACAGACUGUGUCGGAGCGGAAGAACUGGUGUGCCCUCAUCACUGAGACCGCUGGAUCCCUAAAGGUUCCUGCCCCUGCCUCCCGCCCUAAGCCCCGGCACAGCCCUAGCAGCACCCGAGAACCCCUCCUCAGCAGCUCUGAGAACGGCAAUGGUGGCCGAGAGAUGCCUCCAGCUGAUGCCCGGACAGAGAGAAUCCUCAAUGACCUCCUGCCCUUCUGCAGACCAGGCCCUGAGGGCCAGCUUGCUGCCACAGCCCUUAGGAAAGUGCUGUCCCUGAAGCAGCUCCUGUUGCCUGCGGAGGAAGACAGUGUGGCAGGGCCUCCCCGAGACAGGGAUGGGGUCCCAGGGGGCGGCCCCCUGAGCCCAGCGCAGACCCAGGAGAUCCAGGAGAACCUGCUCAGCCUGGAGGAGAUCAUAAAGCAGCUGGAGGAGUUGGAGGAGGAAUUCUGCCACCUGCGACCCCUCCUGUCUCAGCUUGGGGGGAACCCUGUCUCCAAUCCUGGCUGCACCUGAGGCCCCUGUCCAGGCAGGCCUUUUGCAAGGAGAGGAAUGGGGAGAGGUCCCCCACCCACACAGCUGCCGAAGCAUCUCAUACCCCGAGGGCCUGAAGAGAGGGAGCCGUUGCUUAGGUCAUGCCUAGGAGGGGCCCAGCUGGGGUCACUGUGUCCCCAUUGGCCUCGGUCUUCUCUCUCUCCUGCUUCUGCUUGGGGGAGACUCAGGGCUUCAUUCCAGGGUGGGCACCACAGCGACCCCCAGGUCCCAGGCUAUCUCAGUAUUGCUUGUGGGGGCCACCCCUCUACCCCCCACCCCCAAGUGCCUUUGCUCUGUUUUUAUACCCUGAAUUGGAGGUUUAUUUUUUAAUAUAUAUUAUCUAA